AUGUCAUUGAAGCUCCCCGUUUCCGAAGAAGAUGUCAUCAUCAAGUCCCGCCUCGCCGUGGAAGAACGCCCUCUCAAACGCAUCGUAAAACAAGUCGGGAAGAUCACGUCUCUAACGGAACUGCCUACAGGCGAAGAACUUGACGCACUACGAGAGGAGCUAGAUCUAGAGUUCUCCUCCUUCUCCAACACCAUCUUUCGACAACAAGUUCUCCGAACAGCAAAUGAACGGGAAGUCGCGCGCUACGAAGCCGAGAAACUGUCAAUACAACAAUCCGUCACCCAAACACAAACCCAGAUAACCCAAUCCCGCUUCGCCCUCUCACACGCCCUCCAAUCCCGCGCCCAAAAAAUCUCAUACGACAACCUCGCCCGCACAAUCCUCUCCCGCCACCCUAAAUCCCGGUCCGAGAUCAACGAAGCCAUUUCCGAGCUUGAGAGGGAGAUAAGUGAGUUGGAGCAGGAACGGGAGGGGUAUGCGGAGACGUGGCAGAGAAGAAAAGAGCAGUUCACGAAUGUGGAAGCUGGGCUGGAGGGUAUGCGAAGAGUUAUUCAGGGCGAGCCGGAAGGCAGCGCGGAGGAGGAAGGGGAUAGAGAGAGCGAUGAGGUUGAUAUGGUCGAUACACCGCGAGGAGCGACGUCGGGGACUGGAACGCCGAGUGGGACGCAUGCGCCGUCACCAUCGAGAGACCGCGAACGGGAACGGGAACGGGAAAGGACGGUGGAGAAGAGUAAGGAGGGAACGCCGAAUUCAGGGUCUGGAGAUACUGCUGAGCCAGGGCAAACGGAGGAGGGACAGGGAGGUGGUGAUGAGAUGGAUAUGUCGUGA